AUGACCACCAACGGCGCAUCGGACGAGAUGAAUCUCUAUGGUAUAUUGGGCAUAAGUAAGGAUGCCACAAAAUCCGAGAUCAAAAAAGCCUACCAUAAGGCAGCAUUACAACAUCAUCCCGACAAGGUAGCAGAGGAUCAGAGGGAAGAAGCAGAUGAGAAGUUCAAGACAGUGAGCCAGGCAUAUGAAAUUCUUUACGACGAAGAGAAGAGGGAAAUUCGACCUGGAAUGGGAGCAGGUGGAGUUGACUUGGAUGAUAUUCUGUCGCAGAUGUUCGGUAUGGGUGGGGGUAUGGGAGGUAUGGGAGGUAUGCCACCUGGAUUUGGAGGCCCAGGAGGACCUGGAGGGCCAAGAAAACCACGGAGAGGAGCAGACGAAGAGCAGCCAUACAAAAUUUCACUCGAGGACUUGUACAAGGGAAAAACGGUCAAGUUCACGAGCAAGAAGAACGUAAUCUGUAGCCAUUGCAAGGGUACUGGAGGAAAGGAGAAGGCCAAGCCAGAAACUUGUAGCAGAUGUAAAGGUAAUGGUGUCACCAUGGGCCUUAGGAGCGUUGGACCCGGGACUUGUCACCCAAGAAAAGAGUUAUGUGCGAUACCUGUUCAGGAGCUGGUAAAAUCUUUAAGGAGAAGGACAAGUGCAAGAAAUGCAAAGGAAAACGCACAACCAAGGAACAGAAAUCAUUGGAGUUACGGGCGUGGUAUUUCAAUAAAUCAUCCCCAGGGAAAGGUGUUGCAGCCGGGACAAAUUUUAAAGGUUGAGGGCGAAGGUAUGCCUCUGAAGAAGAGCGAUGCCAAGGGUGAUUUGUACUUGAUUGUAAAAAUCGAGUUUCCUCAGGACGGAUGGACAGAAGACACAGCUGCAUUCUCUACUCUGCAGCAGGUCCUACCCAAACCUGGGCCACCGAUCACCACCGAGGAAGUUGAUGAGGUGGAAUAUGACUCUGAUGCUGAUAUUGACGAUUUUGGUGCGAAUUCCGGGGAUCCUCGUGCCGGCGGUGAGUGGGAGGACGACGAAGAGGAUGAUGAAGGAGGUGCUCAAUGUGCUACCCAAUAA